AAGGCGUGGCCCCGUUGGUUGAUGUCAGAGCGAGGGCGGAGGGGGCGUGUCUUGUUGCGGUUCGGGUCACGUGGAUGGCGGGAGGCGCGAGGCUCGCGCUCGUGUGCGCGGCGUUAGCUGCGCUGUCGCCAGCGGUGAUUGUGGGGGAUGACCGCCCUACCACGCCAUCGCUACCCCCGAAUACACGGGCUACCUCGGUGCACCAACCCGCUUACGCACAAACUACCAUCAUACAACAACACCAUUCCCCACAAAACCCCAACGUAAAAUUUACCCCCUCAUCUAGAUUUGCUAACACACACCAACACACUAAGCCAAACACGUACACUACCAUAAUAAGCCAACUACAUAAUACCGGCCCAACUAGGCCACACAAUCCGAACACUGUCAUGCGCCGCAACACAAAAUCUACCAUCACACCUCAACUCACCAAUGCACAGAAACACACUAAUCCAAACACACGCACUACUAUUAUACACCAACAAGCUAACACGCAUCCUAUUACACCACAACUUACUAUCACACAUGGUACUCUGGCACCCCUACAGCCUGAAACCCAGGCUACCAUCUCACAUGCACACACUACCAUCAUACAACACCCUAACAUACACCCCAUUACCCCGCAACCAUUGGAUACACAUGGCACUGUCACACCUCUGCACCCUAACACACAAACUACAAUCUCAAAUCAACACCCUAAUUCUGACACAAACUCUACCAUCACACCACAACUCACAAAUAUAGAUGCCAAUAGCACAGACCAGUAUCUGAACGAAACUACACAUCAACAUCCAAACACACAAACUGAAAUCACAAACCAACACACUGGCACGCAUACCAAUAUUACGCUCCAUCACCCAUCUGCAGUUUCCGUGACGACGGGUAGUGUGUUUAUAACUCCCGAUUUUUUCGCUUCCCCGGACGGAUUUCCUGUGCAUUCCCAUUCUCAACAUUCCCAGCCAGAUUCAAGGGAUUCCCAGCCAGAUUCAAGGGAUUCCCAGCCAGAUUCAAGGGAUUCCCAGCCAGAUUCAAGGGAUUCUCAGCCAGGAGUAAGGGUUUCCUACCUCAAUUUAAAUUAUUCCCAAACAGACCCAUCAAAUUCACAGCUUCAUUUUGGAAAGAUUGAGUCUGAUUUAAGAAAUUCUCAACAAAAUGUAAAUUAUUCCCAGAUGGAUAUCCCAACUUCACAACCACCUUUAAUAAAUUUCCACCCAGGCAUAUCAAAUUCCCAACCAGAGUUGAAAAGUUCUCCACUCGAAUCUUCAAAUUCCCAACGCGAUUUGAGACAUUUCAAACCAGAAUCAUCGCAUUCCCAUUCAGAUAUCACAAAUCCUCAUCUCGGUUCUCCAAAUUCUCAACCCCAUUUAGCAACUUCUCAACCAGAUUUUAGAAAAACUAAUUCGCAACCAAGUGCAAGAAUUUCCAGUUUGGAUGUCCCACAUUCUCAACCGGCCUUGGGAGUUUCCCCUCAAGGUCUUGGGGUUUCGGAAUCUUCCAUCAGGAAUUCUGAGUGGGACUUGCAGCCUUCCCAAGGGAUUGGUGUCCAGUGGCUAAUGGGCAAUGGAAGAUCGUGGGGGCCCAAUGGGGAAGAAAGGGCCGCCAUUGUGAAUCCACACACACUGCCAACGGCUGGCAUCAGCAGAGAUAUCCGUGAAGAUGUUAAUAGGGGACUCGGUGAUAUCAAUAGAGACGUGGGUAGUGAAAGCAGUGAUGGAAAUGGGAGUAGAAAUAUCAAUAGACAAAGUACCAGUAAUAUCAGCGUGGGUAAUAGUGGUAAUAAUGAAACCGAUGGAGCCAUCAAUAGUAAUAUCAAUAGCGGUAAUAUAAAUAGAGAAGCCAGGAGAUUGAGUGAUAGUACAAAACAAAAUGGUAGUGAAAGCAAUAUAGAUAGUAAUCGUGAUAAUGGUAGCAAUAAUAGCAGUAGCAACAGUGAUAGUCACACUAUCACGAGCAGCACCAGUGGCAGCAGCAACAGUGAUACCAAUAUUUAUAGCAGCAGCAGUGAUAGCAAUACAGGAAGCAUCGCCAGCAUCAUCGGUAAUAGUGGUAGUGAUGGCGGCAUCACCAGCAUCAGCAGCAUUAUGAACAGUUAUGGCGAACUUGGCAUUGGCAGGAUCAGCGAUAGCACAGAGGAAGACAGCAGAAGUAGCAUCAGUAUUGGGAGCAGCGUCAGUGACGGGAACAGUAGUGAAGACAACAGCGAUAGCAGCACCAGUGAUACAUUUCCCACCAGCAUGAGUAAUAGUAGCAUCAGUGAUAGCAUCAGCAGCGAUGGCAUUCCCACCAGCACAAGGGAUAGCAUCAGCAGUGAUAGCAUUACCGCAAGUGAUAGCAUUGUCACCAGCACCAGUGAUAUCAGUAGCACAAGUGAUAUCAGUAGCACAAGUGAUAGCAUUAGCAGUGAUAGUAUUAUUUCCAGCACCAGUGAUAGCAGCAGUGGAGGUGGUAACAGUGGCGGAUACAGCAGCAGUAGCUCUAGUGGUGGAGACACUGGCUACAGCAGCAGCGUUAUUGACAGUGGAGAUAGCAGCAGCAGAGAAAGCAAUGAAGAGAGCAGAAAUAGCAAUAGCAGAGGCAGCAACUUAAACCAUAAAGACAGCAUUGGAGACACUACCACCAGUCCCUACAGCAGUGUGGACAGCAGCACCUUUGGCAGAAGCAGCAGUGGAGACAUGACCACAAGCUACAGCAGUGGGAACAGCGGCAGUGGCCGUGCAUCCUGGACUCCAACCAAAACGUUCCUGCCAUGGUGGGAGCCUCAUCCUACUGUCGCCUUUGACUCCCGUGUCUCCCCUCGUAUGCUCACCCCAUCCAGCCCCGAGCCUCCAAUCACCUCCAGUUCUUCCUCCCAGCCUCCGUCAGUUGCCUCCAAUCACUCUCAGCCACCUCCAUCCACCACCCUGUCAAGUAACCUGAUUGGCAAUAGCAAAGCAUCAUUGAGAGGCCGCAUGGUGCCAGGUCCUCUGCUCGUGCUCCCUCUCUGCCUGCUCGUGGUGGCGGUGCUGGCCGUAGUGGUGGUGGUCACGCGGCGUGGAUUUUUCCAGCGACACCGCUACCGUCGUUUCUUCCUCAUUCCAAGAACAGCACGGAACCAGCAGCACAGAGAAGCACAGGACUCGUCCGUGGAGGAUAUCCCCUUUGUUCAUCUGUCUCCGUCCACCACCGUCUAAACAUAAUUUCUGCCUUGAAGGCUAGCUGCAUUCUCAAUUCCUACACAGUGUGAGACCCAUCUUCACACACCAGACCAACACCAAACAAAUUAAUCACAGUUGAGGGCCAUAUUUAGGCCGAUUGUCUUAAAUGAAUAUCUGCACACCGACUUGGGUGUGCGAGGAGUUUGGAAGAUUUUUUGACGCGUUAUUUCAGGUUAACGUCUAAUUUAAGUUUGAAUUGUUUGUCUGAACUUUAUUGAGAAUGCUGAAUAAAUUAAAUGCAUGAUG